AUGAGCGCUGCGCAUACAUGUUUUCGCAGCGCCCUCUCACAGGCUUUCCGUCCGAACUCUCGUGGAAUCGCUGCUCCCUGUUCCGUCGCCGCCUUCCUCGUUCCCGCCCUCGGUAGACCCUCGAAACGCACCUUCACAUCUGGGAAACGCCGCCCCGCAGAUGCACAGCCACGUCUCCAGCCGUCGACAGAAGAUAGAGAGGUUGUGAUUACUCGAGUAGUCCCUCCAAAGCCCAAGGAACGGAUUCAUUCAUGCAUACCCUACCCACCUCGAGAGGCUCGUGGCGAUGUCAAGGCAUGGCUUAGUACCAUUGAGCCAUUUCUCCCGAGUCACCUGCGGCAAGAGGCAUCUGAUGAACCAGAAAACCCGACAACGUCACUUGACUUCGCCUUACUCAUCAACAAAGCCCAAGAUGCCUCCGUGGAUAUCCUCAGCUACCUCGGGGUAAAGGCGGGGAAGUGGCAGACAGUAAUCUGGAUAGUAAAGAAGCUCACUGAAGAUGGAACACGCUCACAGGAUCUUACCACCCACUUGGAACAGUACGCGAACGCCAUAUUGCAAGGAGAAGGACACCGGUCUUUGAAAGAGCUGACUGAAAGCCCACUGCACCUCCAACGAACAUAUCCAAACCGCAAGCUGCAACUUAAACUUGAUGUCGUAACGUCCGCCCCCGAAUCGAUUCGCUAUUCGCACGUCAUAGUCAAACGAGCGUUGGGACAGUUAUGGAGGAGUCUGGCGGAUAUGAUAUUGACAGCCGCGGAGCAGAGCCGUAGCGAACAGGACAUCAUCAUGCCGCAUGUCUUGGAGAUGAUUGCCUACCUGCAUCAUCUGGGCUUGAUGCCUGACUCAGUCUACACAUAUCGAAAUCCCCAGGACAAACAUGCCCUCCAACAGCCUCCGACACUUCACAUGCUUUCGUCCAAGAUUUUGACGGCUCUGUCUGACGCGACCUGGACCGCUCACGAAGCUUCCGUCAAGACUGCCAAGGAUCGCGCAAACGCCCAGUACUUCCUCGGCCACGAGAUACCCGGGUCCCGUUACAAGGUUCAGGUCACAGAGGUGGCUCCGGAGCUGUGGCUAGAGCUUGUCCUGUGGUCAUGUUUGCAUGGUGGCUGGACACUAGAUGGCACUGCUAUCCUGGAGAAAUUGGCGGCCAGGGAAGGGGAACACAGCUGGGCGCUUAUCAGCUGGCGAGAGAUUAUGGAAGCGGAGCAGAAGAAGACGCCAGCUCCAACAACUACCUGGAGCUUACUUCCAAUGAGCGGGGAUGCUGUUGCAAACGCAGAAGAUCGCGCACGAACCCGCAGAACUAUAAGUAGCGAGAUUGUCACAGCCUUCGUUGAUGGGCUUGUCAAUCAGAUGCGACUGGGGGUAGGAGCUCGCGGUGCUACGCCAGAAAGUCUGGUUGCUUCUAUCAAGAUCUUGAAAGGCUUUUUAGACAAGAACAACUUGAGUCUUGGUUCCUCAGCUUGGGAUUCCAUCAUGGUCCGGCUUAUCGAGUCCGGCGGCUUCGUACCCGAGAAGCGACCAGAGCUACUCUUGCGAAUCUUUGAGUUGGCUCCAGGAUUUGGUGGUGAGGUUGGCGCUGCGAAUACUUCUGCUUCGGCUGAUACCGAAGUGCCUUACUUCUUCGAGCCCACCACCAUACCUCUCAGCUUCUUGCAUCGAGCUAUGCGUGCUUUCAUUAGUAACGGAGAUAUCCAGGGAGCAGUGACCACAUUGUCUAUGCUCCAACAACACACUGAUGACAACAAACAAAAGUCUGUACAGGAGUUUUUCGAGUUCCUUCGAAGCAGUCCGCAAUUACGACCAGAUGAACCUUUCACAAGCCGCCUGCCACCAGUUGAAUUCCCAGCCUUCGACAUCAAGCUCCCCCUACCUCUCCUUGCACGGCUGCUGGAUUUAGUCACCGAGUCAAAGCUGUAUGAUCUGGGCCGUUGGCUACUGUUCUCUGACGACUUGGAUGGUCCCCUGGUCGAUCGUGAAUUACACAGUCAUCGUAACAUAUCCGCGUCUGUUGUUCGUUUCGGUACCAUGGCUGGAGAGAACAGGCUCGUCUUAGAUGUCAUCAAGAAAGUCGGGUUGUGGGAUGAGAAACACCAGCAGCAACGCAUGCCAGCCGAGAUUCUGACAGCCUUGCUAUGUGCACAAAUCAAACUCCGUCGAUGGGACUCCAUCAGAGGCAUGCAGAAGUAUGUGGAAGAAACCUCUACGUUCAGACCGCGACCUAUUAUCAUCUCGAGCUUUGCCGCAGAACUCCUUCGAACCUCAGUUGGACCCGAGGAAGCCAAGAUACGUGCUCAAGACACAUUUACUGGACUACUCUUUGCGUGGGAGAACAUGAUACUCCGCAACAUACGCGGUGAGCUCUACUGCACACUAUCCGUCAUGUCUACCGUAGAUAGUGAGUGGAAAGCAUACUGCUCUCGCUUCCUCGCAUUCUCCUCCCGUCAAGCGGUCAGUCUCUCCACAGAUGACUUCAACCGUAUACUAAGCGGUGUACUCGAUGGCUACGGCAGUGCCAAGGGCAAACUUCUUGUCGAAACCUGGUGUCACAAGUCGCGAAAGAAUUUCGAGCCAUAUAGAGCGCCAGGUGGGUUACCCACUAUGCCACAAUACCGUGUCACGAAGAGCAAAGAGUACGAGGAUCGACCAAAAGACAUUGAAAUUGUCCAGGAUUCCGGCGCCACGCUUACCUUACAAGGGCGCAUCACCCCUAACCGACAGACGAUCUGGGCCAUUAUUCGGAAGGUCCAAAACGAAGUGGAGACUGAUGGAAGAAGUGGCGAGGAAGUGGAAGAGGCCACGCGUAAAGAGAGGCGCGAUACGCUCAGGUGGGCUGCGCAGAUGCUCUACAAUUUGGGCUUCGAUGAUGAGGAUAUCAUUCGUGGUCUAGGCAGUCUUGCAGACCUUGCCAAGCUUGAGGCUCCUGCCUCGCCUAGCGAUGUCGACAUUAGGAAUGGAGAAGGUGCCAAGCAGUCGAACGUUUAG